UUGUUUUUUUUUUUAAAGAAGUGUUGACUCAAGUUCGUUUAAUUAUUAUUUUAUUUAAAUAUACGAUUUAAUUGUAUUAUUCAUUUAAAAUGUAUUAAAUAUAUUUUAUGAUAACUUACCCUCCAAAUAUAUGUAUAUGGGUGUAAUUGAAGACGUUUCAGUUAAGUGAGGUUACUGGUGUAUUGGAUGUUUAAUUCAGCACCGGCAUUGCAUGACAGUUAUUGGAAUAACAAGUGGUUUAUUUCUAAAACCACACCUUUUAAAAUUUAGGUUCAAAUAGUAAAUAGUCAAACUUGUAAUAACAAUUUAGAAGCAAAUCAACAGAAAUCGAAGCAAACAUGUCCGGAGAAGUGCGUUUGAGGCAAUUGGAGCAAUUUAUUUUGGAUGGGCCGGCUCAGACCAAUGGGCAGUGCUUCAGUGUGGAGACCUUACUGGAUAUACUCAUCUGCCUUUAUGAUGAAUGCAAUAAUUCUCCAUUGAGAAGAGAGAAGAACAUUCUUGAAUACCUAGAAUGGGCUAAACCAUUUACUUCUAAAGUGAAACAAAUGCGAUUACAUAGAGAAGACUUUGAAAUAUUAAAGGUGAUUGGUCGAGGAGCUUUUGGGGAGGUUGCUGUAGUAAAACUAAAAAAUGCAGAUAAGGUAUUUGCCAUGAAAAUUUUGAAUAAAUGGGAAAUGCUGAAAAGAGCUGAGACAGCAUGUUUUCGUGAAGAACGGGAUGUGUUAGUGAAUGGAGACAAUAAAUGGAUUACAACUUUGCACUAUGCUUUCCAGGAUGACAAUAACUUAUACCUGGUUAUGGAUUAUUAUGUUGGUGGGGAUUUGCUUACUCUGCUCAGCAAAUUUGAAGAUAGAUUGCCUGAAGAUAUGGCUCGAUUUUACUUGGCUGAGAUGGUGAUAGCAAUUGACUCAGUUCAUCAACUACAUUAUGUGCACAGAGACAUCAAACCUGACAAUAUAUUGAUGGAUAUGAAUGGACAUAUUCGGUUAGCAGAUUUUGGUUCUUGUCUGAAGCUGAUGGAAGAUGGAACGGUCCAGUCCUCAGUGGCAGUUGGGACCCCAGAUUACAUUUCUCCUGAAAUCCUUCAAGCAAUGGAAGAUGGAAAAGGCAGAUAUGGACCUGAGUGUGACUGGUGGUCUUUGGGGGUCUGUAUGUAUGAAAUGCUGUAUGGAGAAACACCAUUCUAUGCAGAAUCUCUGGUGGAGACAUAUGGGAAAAUUAUGAAUCACAAAGAGAGAUUUCAGUUUCCAGCCCAAGUGACUGAUGUAUCUGAAAAUGCUAAGGAUCUUAUUCGAAGACUUAUUUGUAGCAGAGAGCAUCGACUUGGUCAAAAUGGAAUAGAAGACUUUAAGAAACAUCCAUUUUUUAGUGGAAUUGAUUGGGAUAAUAUUAGAAACUGUGAAGCACCUUAUAUUCCAGAAGUUAGUAGCCCAACAGAUACAUCAAAUUUUGAUGUAGAUGAUGACUGUUUAAAAAAUUCUGAAACAAUGCCUCCACCAACACAUACUGCAUUUUCUGGUCAUCAUCUGCCAUUUGUUGGUUUUACUUAUACUAGUAGUUGUGUUCUUUCUGAUCGGAGCUGUUUAAGAGUCACAGCUGGUCCCACCUCACUGGAUCUCGAUGUUAAUGUCCAGAGGACUCUUGAUAACAACUUAGCAACAGAAGCUUAUGAGAGAAGAAUUAAGCGUCUUGAACAGGAAAAACUUGAACUUAGUAGAAAGCUUCAAGAGUCAACACAGACCGUCCAAGCUCUACAGUAUUCAACUGUUGAUGGUCCACUAACAGCAAGCAAGGAUUUAGAAAUAAAAACCUUAAAAGAAGAAAUUGAAAAACUAAGGAAACAAGUAGAAGAAUCCAGUCAUUUGGAGCAGCAACUUGAAGAAGCUAAUUCUGUGAGGCGAGAAUUAGAUGAUGCUUUUAGACAAAUCAAGGCUUAUGAAAAACAAAUCAGAACUUUACAACAAGAAAGGGAAGAGCUAAAUAAGGAACUAGUCCAGGCUAGUGAGCGAUUAAAAAACCAAUCCAAAGAGCUGAAAGACGCACACUGUCAGAGGAAACUGGCCAUGCAGGAAUUUAUGGAGAUCAAUGAGCGGCUAACAGAAUUGCACACCCAAAAACAGAAACUUGCUCGCCAUGUCCGAGAUAAGGAAGAAGAGGUGGACCUGGUGAUGCAAAAAGUUGAAAGCUUAAGGCAAGAGCUGCGCAGAACAGAAAGAGCCAAAAAAGAGCUGGAAGUUCAUACUGACGCUCUAGUUGCUGAAGCAUCUAAAGACAGGAAACUGCGGGAGCAGAGCGAGCACUACUCUAAACAACUAGAGAAUGAAUUGGAAGGACUGAAGCAAAAGCAAAUUAGUUAUUCACCUGGAGUUUGCAGCAUAGAACAUCAGCAAGAGAUAAACAAACUGAAGACUGAUUUAGAAAAGAAAAGUAUCUUUUAUGAAGAAGAAUUAUCUAAAAGAGAAGGAAUACAUGCAAAUGAGAUUAAAAAUCUGAAGAAAGAACUGCAUGAUUCAGAAGGCCAGCAACUUGCUCUCAACAAAGAAAUUAUGGUUUUAAAAGACAAACUGGAAAAAACCAGGAGAGAAAGUCAAAGUGAAAGAGAAGAAUUUGAAAAUGAGUUUAAACAACAGUAUGAACGAGAAAAAGUGUUACUAACUGAAGAAAAUAAAAAGUUGACAAGUGAACUUGAUAAGCUUACUACUUUGUAUGAGAAUUUAAGUAUGCGCAACCAACAGUUAGAAGAAGAGGUGAAAGAUAUAGCAGACAAGAAAGAAUCAGUUGCACAUUGGGAAGCCCAAAUCACGGAAAUAAUUCAGUGGGUCAGUGAUGAAAAGGAUGCACGAGGCUAUCUUCAGGCCUUAGCUUCUAAAAUGACUGAAGAAUUGGAAGCAUUAAGAAGUGCCAGCUUGGGUACACGAGCAACUGAUAUGCCCUGGAAAAUGCGUCGUUUUGCAAAACUGGAUAUGUCAGCUAGACUGGAAUUGCAGUCAGCUCUGGAUGCAGAAAUAAGAGCUAAACAGGCCAUCCAAGAAGAGCUGAAUAAAGUUAAAGCAGCUAACAUCAUAACAGAAUGUAAACUAAAAGAUUCAGAGAAGAAGAACUUGGAACUCCUAUCAGAAAUCGAACAACUGAUAAAGGACACUGAAGAGCUUAGAUCUGAAAAGGGUAUAGAGCACCAAGACUCACAGCAUUCUUUCUUGGCAUUUUUGAAUACGCCUACCGAUGCUCUGGAUCAAUUUGAAGAUUCCUUUUCUUCUUCCUCAUCCUCACUGAUUGAUUUUUUGGAUGACCACUCUCCAUCCUGUACUCCAGCUAGCAAAGGCAGACGUAUUGCAGACAGUGCUCCACUUCCAGUUCACACACCAACCUUAAGGAAAAAGGGAUGCCCUGGUUCAACUGGUUUUCCACCUAAGCGCAAGACUCACCAGUUUUUUGUAAAAUCAUUCACUAUUCCUACUAAAUGUCAUCAGUGUACCUCUUUGAUGGUGGGUUUGAUAAGACAGGGUUGCUCAUGUGAAGUGUGUGGAUUCUCAUGUCAUAUAACUUGUGUAAAUAAGGCUCCAACCGCUUGUCCAGUUCCCCCUGAGCAGACAAAAGGUCCCCUGGGUAUUGAUCCACAGAAAGGAAUAGGAACAGCAUAUGAAGGUCAUGUCAGGAUCCCUAAGCCAGCUGGAGUGAAGAAAGGAUGGCAGAGAGCACUUGCUGUGGUUUGUGACUUCAAACUUUUUCUGUACGAUAUUGCCGAAGGAAAAGCAUCUCAGCCCAGUGUUGUCAUUAGUCAAGUAAUUGACAUGAGAGAUGAAGAAUUUUCUGUGAGUUCAGUCUUGGCCUCUGAUGUUAUUCAUGCAAGUCGAAAAGAUAUACCCUGUAUAUUUAGAGUCACAGCUUCCCAGCUGUCAGCAUCCAAUAACAAGUGUUCAAUCCUGAUGCUAGCAGAUAAUGAGAAUGAGAAGAGUAAGUGGGUGGGAGUGCUGAGUGAAUUGCACAAGAUACUGAAGAAAAACAAAUUCAGAGACCGCUCAGUCUAUGUUCCCAAAGAGGCUUAUGAUAGCACUCUACCCCUCAUUAAAACAACCCAGGCAGCUGCAAUCAUAGAUCACGAAAGAAUAGCUUUAGGAAAUGAAGAAGGGUUAUUUGUUGUUCAUGUCACCAAAGAUGAAAUUAUCAGAGUUGGUGACAAUAAGAAGAUUCAUCAGAUUGAACUUAUUCCAAAUGAUCAGCUUGUUGCUGUGAUCUCAGGACGAAAUCGUCACGUACGACUUUUUCCUAUGUCAGCUUUGGACGGGCGAGAGACAGAUUUUUACAAGUUGGCAGAAACUAAAGGGUGUCAAACUAUAACUUCUGGAAAGAUGCGCCAUGGAGCUCUUACAUGCCUGUGUGUGGCUAUGAAAAGGCAGGUUCUCUGUUAUGAACUAUUUCAGAGCAAGACCCGUCACAGAAAAUUUAAAGAAAUUCAAGUCCCAUAUAAUGUCCAGUGGAUGGCAAUCUUCAGCGAACAGCUCUGUGUGGGAUUCCAGUCAGGAUUUCUAAAAUACCCCUUGAAUGGAGAAGGAAAUCCAUACAGUAUGCUCCAUUCAAAUGACCACACACUAUCAUUUAUUGCACAUCAACCAAUGGAUGCUAUCUGCGCAGUUGAGAUCUCCAGUAAAGAAUACCUGCUGUGUUUUAACAGCAUUGGGAUAUACACUGACUGCCAGGGCCGAAGAUCUAGACAACAGGAAUUGAUGUGGCCAGCAAAUCCUUCCUCUUGUUGUUACAAUGCACCAUAUCUCUCAGUGUAUAGUGAAAAUGCAGUUGAUAUCUUCGAUGUGAAUUCCAUGGAAUGGAUUCAGACUCUUCCUCUCAAAAAGGUUCGACCUUUAAACAGUGAAGGAUCUUUAAAUCUUUUAGGAUUGGAGACAGUUAGAUUGAUAUAUUUCAAAAAUAAGAUGGCAGAAGGGGAUGAGCUGGUGGUUCCUGAAACAUCAGAUAAUAGUCGGAAACAAAUGGUUAGAAAUAUCAACAACAAACGACGUUACUCCUUCAGAGUCCCAGAAGAGGAAAGGAUGCAACAGAGGAGGGAGAUGCUGCGGGAUCCAGAGAUGAGAAAUAAAUUAAUUUCUAACCCAACUAAUUUUAACCACAUAGCCCACAUGGGACCUGGAGAUGGAAUACAGAUUCUAAAAGACCUACCUAUGAACCCUCGUCCUCAGGAAAGCCGAACAGUAUUCAGUGGCUCAGUCAGUAUUCCAUCAAUCACCAAAUCCCGCCCUGAGCCAGGUCGGUCCAUGAGUGCUAGCAGCGGCCUGUCAGCAAGGUCAUCUGCACAGAAUGGCAGCGCAUUGAAGAGGGAAUUCUCUGGAGGAAGCUACAAUUCAAAGCGGCAGCCCAUGCCUUCCCCAUCAGAGGGCUCUUUGUCUUCUGGAGGUAUGGACCAAGGAAGCGAUGCCCCAGCAAGGGAUUAUGACGGAGAGGACUCUGAUUCUCCAAGGCAUUCCACAGCUUCCAACAGUUCCAACCUGAGCAGCCCCCCAAGCCCAGUUUCACCCCGAAAGACCAAGAGCCUCUCUCUGGAGAGCACCGACCGUGGGAGCUGGGACCCGUGAGCCCAGGGUGGCCCUCACCCCAGCACCCCCUACUGCCUCUUCCCUCACUUGCAUCUCCUCCCUCCACCUCAGCCUGGAAACCACCAGGAGCUGGCAGCAGUAGCAGGAGUUCUUUGUUGAGUCCUGCUGGAUAAGGAGGGCCCUGCUUCAGGGGAGCACUGUCUUCCGCCAGCACCAGCAGCAGGCCAGCUGCUUCUCUACCACCCCAAGGACGACCAUUACACAAGAGGCCACCACUGCAUUUGCAGAGCGGACUGACCACCACGAAUCAACCUUGAUGUCUCAUGAAAGCAAAAUGACCUGCCUUUUUAUUUGAUAGGAUAAUAUCAUUUAUUUUAUAAAUUCUUAGGUUUUUUUUCCUCAUUGUAAUAUUAUUGUACAGUUUUGCAUGGCCUAGGUGUAAUCAUUUUUGUUUAGAAUAUAAUGCUGACUGAUAUGUGUGUAUGGAAGGGGAAAAGAUAUUGCUUUCACCUCUUAUCACUUCUUUUGUUUGUUUUUAUGCCCCCAAUGUCUUAGGGAACUUUAUAAGAGAUUAUCUGCUACCAAACAAUGAUGUGGAUUCUUUUGCACAGAAAUAUUUAA